UUUUUUAUAUAAAUUCAAUUGUGCCUAAAUUAAGUAGUCAACGCAGUAAACAACAAGCGCAGCAACUGCCACACUAUGUUUGCCAAUCUGAAAAAUAAACUUAUCGAGGAGGUGAAAGCGUCGCCGUCCAAAUUCCAACAAUUUGCAAACGCAGCCCAGGCCGCUGUGAGCUCAUCGUCCAGCACAACAACUCCGAACUCGGAGAACACCGGCAGCGGCACUCCGGAGAACUUCUUCAGCAUCACCGAAGAGGAUACGCCACAAAACUCGCCGUACCGCAUACAAAAGUUGCCGACAGGCAGUCGCGCCUCGACCCAAUCACUGAAUGGCGUGGGCGGAAGUGGUGCAAUACCGCGUGCCCGCAAGCUAUCCAACUCGUCCAUGGCUAGCGAUGUAUCGUUCCGUCUGCCCACAUAUGAUGCGCCAGCGAUGUAUCACUUGCAGUCCGAUUUGGAUGAGACGAGCAGUGAGUUUGAUGACUCCGCAUCGACGGCACGCCUCGAUGUUAUUACCAAGGAUCAGCUGUACGAUGCAUACAAAAAGUCACUCGAUCGCUAUCACAAAUAUCGCUGCCGCUACUCGGAUCUGGCCAAGAAGUACAGGGAAUUGGAGCGUGACAGCAGCAAGGCGAGGUCCGUGCUCGUGGAGACGCAGGAUAAGGCGCUGCGACGCAUCAGCGAGCUGCGAGAACAAUGCACGCUGGAGCAACAGGCGAAAGCACAUCUGGAGGAAGCGUUGCGUGUUGAAAUGGAUGAUAUGAGCUGCAAGAUGCAGGCAUACCAAACCAAGCUAAAGCUACUUGGCGAAAAUCCUGAUAAUGUUACAGCCGCACUAGAGCGUGGCCAGGCGAACGCCGCUGACAAGCUGAUCGAUCUCGAGGAGCCAAUGACGAUGACAACUACGGGGGCAGCGCCCACAGCAAAUGGUAGUCAGCCCGCCCUGAAGGUGGAUGAGGAACUCGCGAAAUUACGCCAAUUGCUGGUCGAGCAAGAAGCGCAGCUGACGGAGCUAAGAAAAAACAAUGAAGAGGCCAACAGCACAAUUGCAGCGCUGCGCAAGCAGGAGGAGGAAAAUGUGCUGUUGCUGGCACAGACAAAGCAAGCGAUACACACAGAGCUGGAGCACAAGGAAGUCCAAGUGCGUCAGCUGCAGGACAAUGUAAAGCAUCUGGAGAUUGAGCUAGAGACGGCGAAUGGUCGAGAAACGCAGUCGGUGGACAUCAAGGAGCAACUAAAGAAACUACAGAGUGGCAAACAGGAAGUGGACGCCAAGCUCAUUGCAACCGAGCAUAUUCUGAGCACUCUGCGUGCCGAGCAAGCAGAAAAGAAUCAACAGCUGAUAGCCCAACAGAAGAAAAUUGAAUCCGAGUUGGCUACUAAGGAAACGGAGGUGCAACAGUUGCAGGAGCAGUUAAAGGAGCGAGAAGCUAACCUGGAACAGGCAAACACAGCUAAAACGCAGUCAGAAGACAUCAAGGAACAGCUAAAGCAACUGCAACAAAGCAAACAGGAAGCUGAAGCUAAACUUACUGCCACGGAACAACAACUAAAUGAGCAAACGGAAAAGGAGCAACAACUUGCGGUAAAGCUUACGAAAAUAUUGCCCGAGCUGGAGCAAAAAGAAAUCAAAUUGCAGCAGCUGGAGGAGAAGUUCAAACAGCUAGAAACCGAGUUGGAACUGGCAAUCAGUCGGGAAACACAAGCCAAGGAUAUCGAGGAGCAACUAAAACAGCUGCAAAAUGCCAAACAGGAAGCAGAUGCCAAACUAAUCUCAAUGGAGCAAGAGUUAAGCGCGUUGAGAUCGGAGCAAAUGCAAAAGGAAGAACAGCAAAAGCAAUUGCACUCAACGCUGGAGCAGCAUAACGAAGUUGAAGUGCGACAAUUGCAGGAGAAGCUAAUACAAUUAGAAGCUGAGCUGAGGAUCGCAGCCGAGCGUGAGGCACAAGCUGCGGAUGUCAAGGAGCAGCUAAAGCAGUUGCAAAAUUCCAAACAGGAAGCGGAUAGUAAACAACUUGACACAGAGCAGCAGUUGAACACACUGAGAUCCGAGCACAUGGAAAAGGAGCAACAGGUGGCUGAUUUGGCCAAACAGCUGCAUGCACUCAAAAUGGACAGCGAGCAGAGUCUGCAGGAUUUGCAUUUGCAGAACAAUCAGCUAAACGAAAUUGUACAACGCUACCAGCAGAACGAGUCAUCUUUAGAGGAGGUGCAGAGUCAGCUGGAAGCUGCCAGGACGCGUCUAAUGGAGCAAGAUCAGCGUGUGCUCGAGACCGAAAAGAGUCUGCAGAAAGAGAAUGAAACUGUUGCUGCACUCACCGUUGAAAAUGCAGUUUGUAAGGAGCAGGCGCUUACGUUGCAGCGUGAGCUGCAAACCCUAAACGAUCACAUCGCCAGCAGCUCCAACACAGAGUCGGAGACGAUAGCAAGCCUAAGACAACAAAUUGCGGCACUUGGUGACCAACUCAGUGUGGCUCAGGCCAAGGAGAAAGAGUUGAAAUCCGGCGCCGGCAAGUUGAACAAGCUGAAAAAGCAACACGAGCAGCUGCAGGCGAAGCACAGCGAACAAGCUGCCAGUCUGGAGCAACUCAAAAUCGAGUCUGGCAAAAUUGAGGAGUUGCGCAGCGAGAAGCAGGAACUGCAGCAGCGUGUCACUGUCAUUCUCGAGGAGAUUACCACGAUGCAAACGCAUCUGCAAGAUGUGCAGACGGCACAGGCACAGCUCGAACGCGAAAAACGACAACUGGAAACGCACAUUGAGGAGUUGCAGGAGCAGCAACAACAGAACGAUGCACAGGGUGAGUUGUCCACGGCCCGACUGGUAGAUAUUGAGCGCGAGAACAGCAAAUUGGCCGAGCACAAUUGUCUGCUGCAGGAGCAAAACAAUCACUUAGAGAAACAGCAGGACGAGCUUACCAAAUUACAGAGCAAAAUGCAACAGGUGCUCGACGAGCAUUCCAAGCUGCAAAAUGCACAGGAGAUCAUGGAGCAUGAUCAUCGCACGCUGCAGGACAAGUGUGAUGCAUACGAAAAGGAAAAUCUGAUAGCCAAGGAUGAGCUCAACUGCAUGCAAGAGGCGAAGGCAGCUUUGGAAAAGCAGACGAAUAGCUUGCAGCUUGGCUUGGAUCAGGCACAACAGCAACUGGCGGAGAUACGCGAGCGAGACCACGAACGGCAGCAGCAACUCAAGGAUCAGACGGAACGUGCCGCCAAACUGGAGGCCAGCACUGAGCAGCUGACAGCGCUGCAGGAAACUGUGGGCAAUCUGCGUGAGCAAUUGGACUCCCUCAAGAAAGUGGAGGAAGCUAAUCUGGAUAAGGCUCAAGUGGCCAGUGCCGCCCAUGCAGCGCAGCUGGCCACGCUCGAGGAGCGCUGCAGUGCCGCCAAUGGGGAUGUGCAGCGUCUGCACGAGGCAAAUGAUGCACUGCAGCGGGAAAUCGAGACGCUAAAGAUCCCAACCGAAUCCGAGCGAACGAAAACCGACCUAGAGCAGCUGCAAAUCGAGAACGAAUAUCUGAAUAAGCAUACCAAACAGCUGGAGAUGGAACUCUCGCUGGCAUUGAGUAAUCACGGCGACAGCGGCGAGAAACUGAAAUCGCUGCAAUGCGAGCUGUACGUGUUGCAGGACCAGGUGCUGCAACAUGACACCCAACUGGCUGAAAAGGAUGCAAUGAGCAACGCGGCCAAAACGGAGGCAGCGCAUCUAAAAUCAACACUGGACGAGCAAUCGCUUGAGCUGACGCGGCAGACCGAGCACGCCAGAUUCGUCAGCGAACAAAACGAUGCGGUGCAGAAGGAGCUGCUGCAUGUUCAGCACCAGCUGCAGGAGCGCCAAGUCGAGCUGGCGAAGACAGAAGAGCGCUGUCUUAGUCUCGAGGAAGAACUAAACAAGCAAAAGAGUGAGCAGGAGCAGGAGCCUGAGCAGCAGCGGGAGCAGGAGCGGGAGCAAGAGUCGGCGCCAACAACAACUUCACUGCCCAACGAUUCCGAGCAUUUGCGCCGCCUCAAUGAGAAGCUACAACGUGAACUAGAGGACCUGAAGCACAAGAGCAACGGUGAGCAGUCCAAUCUGCAGCAGGAAAUCGAUGAGCUGCAGGCGAACAACAAAGAAAUGACCGAACGUAUCACCGAAUUGGAGACACUGCGUGCUGGUAUCCAGGCGCAACAGUUGCUUGCCAACCUGGCGCCCAAGAGCGUUCAGCAGGCAGUGGCCAGCGACGAGAAGGCCCUGCUGGAGGCCAAACUCAAGGAGAUCAUGAGCGAGGUGCAGGAUGUGACCAAUCGAAAUCUGUUCCUCGAACAAAAGUGCGAAAACUUCCUCAUACUCGAGCAAUCCAACGAACGACUCAAGCUGCAGAAUGCAAAGUUGUCGCGCCAAUUGGAUGAAACACUGGUAUCCAUGCAGCAUAGCGACAGCGUGCCCGCUAACACAGAGUUUGAGUAUCUGCGCAACAUCAUGUUCCAGUAUUUAACCGGCAAUACGAACAACGAAACAUUGGUCAAAGUCAUAUCGGCUGUGCUAAAGUUCUCCCCACAGCAGGCACAGGUGGCCCUUGAAAAGGAGCACCAGCGUCGCUCACUACUAAACAAACUGAUCUAGCAAGAGUUGUUGGCGCUCGAAGGCAACAACUGGUGGCAUCCUUGCAAUGAAACGCUUCUAGACUACUACAAAUCAAGCUGAACGUUUAGCCCAAGUUCACAAAAAGUACCUUACCUCAACUUAGCCACAAGUUGUUGACGUACUGUUAUUUUGCUGUAUCAGGCAUUUCAUCUUGGUUAUAUAUCUAUAUAUACCCGCAUGUUAUUGUACAGUUCAAAACUAAUGUAAAUUUGAAAUAAUGCUUCUUUCUGUUGCUCGAACGAUUCACAUGACGUACACACGCCACACACUCAGACACACACACACACCACACACUCCACGCUACUUCCAUUUAAUCGUGCAAUCAUUUCUACAUUUAAUGUGUUUUCCCUUUUUUGUUUGUGUUUAAUUCAAAUUAAUUUUAGCUGUAAGUUAAAA